CUAUCUCUCUAUCUAUCUUCUGCUGAACUUUACCCCCACUAGCACGAUGUCUUCAGAUAGUGGAUCCAUGAGCUAAUAUCGAUAAGAAUUGUCUCUCUGGAUAGUUUGUUAUCAAGUAGAUAUGUGAUCGAUAUAUGUCACUAUCAGUGUUUUGGAAAGUUGACUUGUAAAGCAAACAGAGAAAGUGACAGUAGUUGACCAUUUUGAUACACCAAGGGCAGAUUCCUCUGUGCCAACCAUUCAGCUAGUCAUCCAUCCAUCCAGCUCUCCAUCCAUCCAUCCAUCCAUCCAUCCAUCCAUCCAGCUCUCCAUCCAGCUCUCCAUCCAUCCAUCUAGACAGCCACCCAGCCAGCCACCUAUCCAUCCAUCCACCUCUCCAUCCAGCUCUCCAUCCAGCUCUCCAUCCAGCUCUCCAUCCAGCCAGCCAGCCAGCCUGGCCAGGGAAGGGUAGUGAUGACGGUGACAUACUCACGGAGGGUUGCUGACGCGGGGCUAGGGACAUUCUCUCAUCUGCUCCUCCGAUGGAAGGGGAGCAUCUACAAGCUACUGUGGAGAGAACUGAUCAUCUUCACCACACUGUACUACUCCUUCAGCAUCAUAUACAGGUUUGUGUUGAAUGAGGGUCAGAAGAGGCUGUUUGAGAAGCUGGCCAUCUACUGUGACCGUUACGCAGAACUCAUCCCUGUGUCCUUCGUAUUGGGUUUUUAUGUGACCCUGGUGGUUUCUCGGUGGUGGGGUCAGUUUGAGAGCGUUCCCUGGCCGGACCGGUUGGGUGCGCUUGUGGGCGCUCACGUCCGUGGUACCGAUGAGAUCGCCAGGCUGACCCGCCGAACCCUGAUGCGGUACGCCAACCUGUCCGGCGUGCUCAUCUACCGAUCGGUCAGCACGGCAGUCUACAAGAGGUUCCCCACCAUGAAGCACUUGGUGCAGGCAGGCCUGAUGACAGCAGAGGAACAUAGGCAGUUGGAGGAGUUGCCCUCACCUCAUAACAAGUUCUGGGUUCCUUGUAUGUGGUUUGUUAACCUGGCACUGAGGGCCCGCACCGAGGGUCGCAUCAACAAUGAUGUGGCGCUGUCAGCCAUUCUCAAUGAAUUAAAUACAUUGCGGACACAGUGUAUGAAGUUAUACAGUUAUGAUUGGAUCAGCCUUCCCCUUGUGUACACCCAGGUGGUGACAGUGGCGGUCUACAGUUUCUUCCUGGCGUGUCUGAUUGGUCGACAGUUCUUAGACCCCGCCCAGGGCUACGCUGGUCAUGACAUCGACUUCUACCUGCCUGUCUUCACCCUGCUACAGUUCUUCUUCUACGUGGGCUGGCUUAAGGUGGCAGAACAACUGAUAAACCCAUUUGGGGAAGACGACGAUGACUUUGAAACCAACUAUCUGGUUGAUCGUAAUCUACAGGUGUCCCUGCUGUCUGUGGAUGAGAUGUACGACACUAUCCCAUUGGUCGAGAGGGAUAAGUACUGGAACGAAUCAGAGCCCCAGCCUCCAUACACUGCAGCCAGCGUGGAGCAUCGCAAACCUUCCUUCAUGGGCUCUGCUCUGGACAUCAGUGUCCCCAAAGAGGAGAUGGAGUUCCAGUCCAACCUGGAGCAGAUCAAGGAGCAUGAGGAGGCCAACCACUCUACUCCUCUCCUGGGGGGUCUGAGUCGCCUCCUGGGGGUUCAGUCCCCCGUCUUCCCCCGCUCCUCCACCUCCUCCCGGGUUUCUCUCCUGCGCCGGCGCCCAGGGGCUCCAUUCAGCCGCUUCCCCCUCUUCCUGCACUCCGAGGGGGACCCCUCAACGCCGAGCCACGGCCCUGGUCCCCGCCACGACUCCAGCCACCCGGACUACGCCUUCUCCUCCAUGCCGCUGUAUGAGAGGUCCGGCUUCUAUAGCUGUCCCCAGACCCCCAUCCACUGUGUUCCCCCCGCUAUGCCUCGUCCACGGCCCACCCGAGGAACUUACGCCUGGCAUCGCAGCUCCAGCUCGCUGGCUCCUCCGAUGGUUGGCUCUGGAGGUCUGCUGCCCCCUGAUACUCCAGGUCAUAUGCUCCCUCCACCCUCCUCUGCCUUCCCCUGGCUGAGUGAGGAGGGAGAGGGUCCUUGUGUUCCAGCCUUCUCCUUUCCUGACCCUGGCAACCUUCCGGAACUCUGCCCCAUAUCAAAGCUCCGGCCCGGGCAAGGCCUGCUGUCUCGACGGCCUCCGCCUCCACGCCUCUCUCCACGCCUCUCUCUGGAUAACACACCGUUGGCCGAAGGCCUGCAGCCUGGACCCAUCAGCCCACGGGGAGUGGGAGGUGGAGGGGAGCGGGUGUUCUCCUUUACCCCUCCCUCUCGCACCCCAGCUACCAAUCCCAACAGCUCCUCCUCUAGUAUCAAUGCCACCAGCACUAUCAACACCACCAACCCUAACACCACUACUCCAGCCAACGUCUUGAGUGGUACCAACACCACUUCUACAACAAACUUCUGCAAUGGUACCAACUCCAACACCACUACUAUGUCUAACGUCUGCAAUGGUACCAACCCCAACACCUUUUGUAACCAUGCCAACUUCAACAGCACAAGAGCAGCAGGUAUCAACAGUGGAACCAAUGGUGGUCUAAGCAACAACGUCGUGAACACCAUUUCCAUUUCUGGAUCCUCUCAGCAAGAAGCCAAUCAGCAUCAAAACUCACCAAAUGAUUCAGGGAUUUCUUUGGCUGAGGGGGGCCCUCACUGGCUGGGAGCUCUGGUAAUGGAUAGUGGGAUGAACAAGGCUCCUGGGGGGCGGGAGCAGGACUGAAGAAGGAGGGAGAUGAUUGGACAAGGCCCCUGGGGGAUGGGAGCGUGGUUGGACAGACUCAGGGUUCAGAAGUAGUGUAAACCUACACCGUAUGCACAUCUUUCUUUCAGACUGAAGGGUUCCAGCACUUCUGACCAGUGGUAGUCUUUCUAGGCCAUCCAUCUGACCAGUGGUAGUCUUUCUAGGCCAUCCAUCUGACCAGUGGUAGUCUUUCUAGGCCAUCCAUCUGACCAGUGGUAGUCUUUCUAGGCCAUCCAUCUGACCAGUGGUAGUCUUUCUAGGCCAUCCAUCUGACCAGUGGUAGUCUUUCUAGGCCAUCCAUCUGACCAGUGGUAGUCUUGCGAAGCCUAGA